AUGAGACUAAACACGCCCUUCUCAAUAGUCUGUAAAACUGAAAUUUCUCCUACUCCUUCCACUACACAAAUUCUAUGUUCCUGCGAUUUUCGAAUAAAUAUUUAUGAUUGUCCAGAAUCAUCAAUUUUAGUAAUUUCACAUUGGGUUUUAUUUCCAUAUUGCGCUCUACUGAGUGCAACUGCAGCUGCAUGUUUAUGGCAUUUGCUUAAAAAGAAAAAUCAACCAUUCUUUUUUACUUCGAGAAGAGAUAGGGGAAAGUUGAGACCUAGACCACAACAUACUUAUUUUACGAUAGCCUUGAUUUAUUGUCCAUGUCAGAUGCUUCACUCGAUAUUAUUAUUAACGAAUUCUUAUCCGAACAUACUUUGGGCAGAAAUUGGUCAUUCACUGCCUUCUACACUAUCAGCGACAAUAGCAGUAUUAUAUCCAUUGAGUAUAUUUUAUUCGACAUCAGCUUUUGAAGUAACAAAUUUCACAUCACGUCCAAUAUCGACGUCAAGUGCAAUAUCAGAGAUACCCAUAGCGAGACACGCCGUAAGGAUCGACAUCGUUUGUAUUCUUGCCUUUAUAACAACGCUUGGCGUUUUUUUAACGGUGCCCGCAUUAACAGGUUAUUACGCUGAUAUGAGCGAUUUUAUAAAUGCGAACAAAUUUCUUAAGAUACAGUAUAUCGCGUGGUUUAUUUGGGUAUCUUUGUAUGUUGCAGCAAUGAUAUGGUUUUGGUCCAGAUUUCUUAAUAUUAUUGGUGAAAUGACUAAUCAGAAUCAAACUCAAAAUCCCGGGUUACAAAUCAAACUUGACCAAUUGAGAAGAGGUUCGCGUAAUUUAUCAUUACCGGUAUAUGGACAAAUUUUAACAGGAUUUAUAUAUUUACCAGCAUUCUUGGCUUACGUGUUAUAUCAUCGUUCAACUACAAUGUUUAAUUAUAAAAUUAAUUUGAUAUUUUUGAGUUUAUGGAACUUUUUGAUACCAAUCAUAUUACACAUAACACAAUGGAUAAUGAUUUAUAAUAUUUACAAAUCCAUUACCGCCUCACAAAAUAUUCCAAAGAAAUUAUCUACAAGAAACUUUAAUAAUAAUAAUAAUUCACGCGCAGGGGGUGAACCAAAUACGAACGAAAGUACGAUUUAUCAGGUUAAUGAAGGAAGGAAUAUUAAAAAAGAGAAAAGGAUAACUAUGACUAGUGCUAGCGAAGGAAAAAUGAACGUUGAUGACAUAGAACUAUCGGAAUUUAUUCGAACUCCAAUAGACAAAGCAAUUGAUGAAGAGGAAAUUUAUGAUAUUGAGAUUAGUGAAGUUGGCAUUCCAAGAGGAGAGGAUUUUAUGAUUGAUUCUGGCCAUUGCAGUUCAGGAAUGGUUUUAAAUAGAGAUUCAGGGAGAGUCAGUAUCUCGAGUAAUAGUUUUACUAAAAAGUGUAAAUCGGAUUCAUUUUUAAACACUCUGCAUGAAAAUGGUAUAAUCGUAACAUCAUCAACAAUAUUAUUCCAAUCACUCCUACCAACACUAAUUCCAACAUUUCGUCAUCUUCGACGUCGUUACCAUAUCCGAUUGGGAGAAUGA